GCAUCAUCGCCCGCCAUCCCGCUGCUGCACACUCCAAACACACCACCUACCCUACCUCUCCCACCACUCUCCAUUCAUUCUCUUCAUUUCGCCGGCAUCCCCCUGCGCAGGAGUAUACAACCACUACUACUCCACCACCAAUCCCGCCCAAAGUCCAUCCUAGGUACCAACCAUGGCGGACAAGGAGGAGGAUUUCAGCCAGCUUCCCCUGCCCGACAGGUUCGCCCACAAGAACUGGAAGGUGCGGAAAGAGGGCUAUGAAGCCGCCGCCAAGGAGUUCGACAAGGCCCAGGGCGAGGACGACCCGGUCGUGCGACAGUUUAUCCUCGACUCUGGCGCCUGGAAAGGAGUCGUCUCGGACUCCAACGUCGCUGCCCAAACAGAGGGCAUGAAUGCCCUCUUCUCCUUCCUUCAAAUCGCCGGCACCACGGGCUGCACCAGGACUCGCAAUGGCACCGUCGCCCCGAUCGUGGAGAAAGGCUUGCUCGGAAGGCCCGCGGCAAAGACCAAGGCCCAAGAGCUGCUGCUGCUCUACGUCGAGCUCGACAAGGCCGACCCCAUCAUAGAAGAAAUGCUUCCGCUGCUGUCGCAUAAGCUCCCCAAGGUCAUUGCAGCCACUCUCGAAGGCCUCACGGGCAUCGUCCACGCGUACGGCGUAAAGGUGGUCGAGCCCAAGCAAAUCCUCAAGGUUCUGCCCAAGGUCUUCGGUCACGCCGACAAGAACGUUCGUGCGCAAGCACAGAACCUCACCGUGGAGUUUUACAGAUGGCUCAAGGAUGGCAUGAAACCCCUCUUCUGGGGUGAUUUGAAACCCGUGCAGCAAACGGACCUGGACAAACUUUUCGAAAAGGUCAAGGACGAGCCGCCGCCGAAGCAGGAAAGGCUGUUGCGCUCUCAACAAGAGGCUGCAGAGGCCGCAGAGGCCGCCGGAGAAGACGCAGAGGCUGGUGCCGAUGAGGAAGAGGCGGAAGUUGACCUCGAACCGGAGUUCAUGGCCGUCGAUGUCAUGGCUAAGAUACCAAAGGACUUUUCAGAAAGGCUCGGCUCAUCCAAGUGGAAGGAUCGCAAGGAGGCUCUGGAGGACCUCCACAAAGCCAUCAACGUGCCUGCCAUGGAAGAGGGUCCCUUUGAUGAAAUCAUGCGCGGUCUCGCCAAGUCUAUGAAGGACGCCAACAUUGCUGUGGUUACAAUCGCGGCCAACUGUGUGGAAUUAUUCGCCAAGGGCUUACGAAAGAGCUUCGGAAAGUACCGGUCCACUGUCUUCUCUCCCAUGAUUGAGCGUUUGAAGGAAAAGAAGCCAUCGGUCACAGAGGCAUUGGGCAACGGACUCGACGCUGUGGUCGCUGCGACCAGCCUUGGAGAAAAUCUUGAGGAGAUGCUCGAGGCUCUCAAGCACAAGAAUCCACUCGUCAAGCUCGAGACGACGAAGCUUAUGAUCCGCGUUCUCAAGUCCACAAGGGAAGCCCCCACGGUUCCGGAGGUCAAGUCGAUAGCUGAAGCGGCCACCAAGCUCCUUACAGAAUCGCAGGCUACGCAGCGUGACGCUGGUGCGGAAGUCCUGGGAACGUUAUGGAAGAUCAUGGGCGACCGCAUCAUGAACACCCACCUGGAAGGUCUUGAUGAGAUUCGCAAGACGAAAAUUAAGGAGUUCCACGACUCCGCCGAAGUCAAGGCCAAGUACAAGCCCAAGGCUGCGGCCCCCCCCAAGCCCGCAGCUGCCCCUGCAGCAAAGAAAAUUACAGGAAAGCGCCCUGUCGCCAAGAAGCCUGCUGCCGCUGCACCACCUCGCGCGGCCACACCCGAUGAGCCUGCGGCAGCUCCCCUCGCUGCGAAGCCCACUAGCCGCCCCGGCGCCUCCAAGCUUGCCGGUCCCAAAUCCCGUCUGGGUCUGAAGAAACCGAGUGUUUCUGCUCCGUCUCCCAAGCCCGCAGCCCCUUCUCCGGAGCCCGAAGAAGAGCCCGCACCAGCGCCCGUUGCCAAGCCUCCUCCGAAGCUUGCCGGUCGUGGUCUCGCCGGCCGUCCUCUCGGCAAGCCGGCUUCCGCUACUGCGAGCGAGCCCCCCACCCCUGCCGCGCCCUCUCCUCCACCCGGACUUUCUGCUAUUGAAAAGGCAGAGUUGGAUGAGCUGCGCGCUGAAGUCGAGCUUUUGCGCAAGCAGAAUGAAGAGCACAAGACCGAGCGGAGUCGCAUGACUUCGGAGAUUCAUGAGCUGCAAAACCAGAACGCACAAUUGAUCGAAGAUCACACGCGUGACAUGCUCAGCAUCAAGGCCAAGGACACACAACUUGUGCGGGCACGGUCCGAUGCCGAAGAAGCGCAACACACGGUUCUUCAGCAACAACGCGAGGUGGAGCGCCUGAAGAGAGAGCUCGGCCGGCAAGUGCGUGCGUCGAGCCCACUGCCAUACGACAUGGGCGGUGAGCACCACGGCAUCUACAACGACAUGAAUGGACGCCUGAGCAGCAUGGGCGGCGGUGAUGGCUACGGCGGUGGUUAUGGCGGUGGCUACGGUAAUGGUGGUGGUUAUGGUAAUGGUGGCGGCUAUGGUAAUGGCUACGGCGGUGGCUAUGGUGGUCCCGGUGGUCGCCGAAACUUCACGCCACAGUCGCCCAGCGGCGAGGGCAAGGAAAACUUUGGCGAUGGUCUAUCCCGCUCCGGCUCGCGCAACAGCAAGCUCAGCCCAUUGCGCCGGGGCGGCUCUGGCAGCAACAUGAGCAGCCACAGCUCAGGAUAUGGUGGUCGCGCCAGCCCUGCAUUGGGUGGCGAUGGUGACAUGAGGGCGAGCAACGUGGGCUCUGGCAACGGUGCUGAGAGCUGGAAGCGUGCGGCGGAGGUGACGCAGAACCUGAAGGCGAGGAUUGAGCUGAUGAAGGUAUGUUGAUUCACGAUACAUCACGAAGAGUAUAUGAUCAGAGGCUAACGAUUGAACAGGCUAAGCAAGGCCUCGCGCGGCAACAGCAGCACUAAAAAAAAAAUAUAAAAAAAAACCAGGAUAAGCAUUGGCGGCGUUUCGUCGAGAGGUAAUGCUUUGACG